AUGGCCUCAUCAUCAAAUAAUCCAAAUGAUAACCCAGAAGAUAAUCAAAACGAUGGUUAUGGUGAGCAAAAUAUGGAGACCUGUAUGGGCAACUAUAUGGGCAAAAGGUUCGAGCAAUAUUUUCAGGAAACUUUCCAAAAUAUGUUCAACAGUUAUGGAGAGGACCAAGAGACAAGCAGACCUAAACAAAGAAGGGCUUACGUUGAAAGAGAUCGUCAGGAAGGCCACAAUCGUCCGUGGAACGAUUAUUUUAGUGAUAUUCCUACAUAUCCUGCAACUUAUUUCAGACGGAGGUUUAGGAUGAACAAGUCUUUGUUUGUCCGUAUUGUCGAAAAACUUUCCAAUGAAGUUAGAUUCUUUCGUCAGAAGAGAGAUUCUUUGGGGAAACCAGGACUCUCUGCACUACAGAAGUGUAUAGCUGCAAUCCGUCUGUUGGCAUAUGGUGGUGCAGCUGAUACGGUCGAUGAGUAUCUUAGGCUCAGUGAAACAACUGCUCGGUCAUGCUUGGAAAAUUUUGUUGAAUCAAUAAUCAAUUUGUACGGGGAUGAGUAUCUGCGGAGACCAACACAGGAGGAUCUAAACCGUUUACUAUACGUUGGAGAAGAACGCGGAUUCCCGGGAAUGAUAGGAAGCAUAGACUGCAUGCAUUGGGAGUGGAAGAACUGUCCAACCGCUUGGAAAGGACAAUAUACUCGUGGGGCAGGAAAACCAACUAUCGUUUUAGAGGCUGUCGCUUCAUAUGACCUUUGGAUUUGGCAUGCCUUUUUUGGAUCUCCAGGUACACUAAACGAUAUAAAUGUUCUACACCGUUCACCCGUAUUUGAUGAUAUCUUACAAGGUAGAGCCCCUGAAGUAAAUUUUUCUGUCAACAGAAGAAAUUACAAUCUGGCAUACUAUCUCACCGAUGGUAUAUAUCCAAAUUGGGCAGCGUUCAUCAAAUCAAUUCCACUUCCACAAGGUGAGAAAGCUACUUUAUUUGCUGAGCGUCAGGAAUCCGUUCGAAAAGAUGUCGAACGUGCUAUUGGAGUCUUGCAAUCUCGGUUUGCAAUUGUUAAAAACCCGGCUCUUUUCUGGGAUAAAGCUAAAAUAGGCAAAAUUAUUCGAGCUUGUAUCAUCCUCCAUAAUAUGAUAGUUGAAGACGAGAGAGAUGCACGCACGCAAUAUAAUUUUUCGGAAUUUCAACAAGGAGAAGGAACUAGUAGUACACAAGAAGGUCAGUCGUACGCAACAACUAUGGCAACAAAUAUCCGAAAUCUGAUGGAUAAUCGGUUGAGAGUUCGUGAUAAAAAAAUACAUGAUCGUUUACAGGCAGAUUUGUUGGAGCAUAUCUGGCAGAAAUUUGGAUUCACUCAAAAUAUUACUUAA